CGGCGCACUAUGUGACGUACAUUUUAAUCGACUGUCAAACGAACAGCUGACCCAAAACAGACCUGAUGGACGCAUUUUAACGAUAAAAGUCUCAAUGUUAGUGCUACUCAGAGGCUAAGGGUGAAUUUAGUGUCACUGAGCUUCUCAGUCUGAAAUGUGUCGUUCAUUUAAUGCCGUCGAACUUUCUUUCUACACCUUAAUUAGUCGCUUUUCCCACUCAUAAAGCAGCUCGUGUUGUUGCUGGAAAGCUAUCCUAGCUGCUUAAAAAUGAGUCUUUCGGCUUUGCACAACACCGGCGUGCUUUACAGGCGGAUUUUAUCACAGUUUCCGCAGGACAUCAGUUUAGCUUUUGCCUAUGGAUCCGGCGUUUUCAAACAACACGGCACCAACCAAGGUCAAAUGGAGAAGAACAUGCUGGACUUUGUGUUUGCGGUGGACGACCCAGUGACGUGGCACACCAUGAACCUGCUGCAGAAUCGCAAACACUACUCCAUCCUGAAGCUGCUGGGGCCCACCAAGAUCAGCUCUGUGCAGAAUGAACAUGGGGCCUCAGUAUACUACAACACACUGGUGCCAGUGGAUGGGAAGAUUAUCAAAUAUGGUGUGAUUAGUACAGAAUCUCUCAUAGAUGACCUGAUGCACUGGAAGACCAUGUAUGUUGCUGGACGUCUUCACAAACCAGUGAAAAUGCUGGUGCAGAAUGAGAAUGGGAAGCUCCGCGCCGCCCUGGUGGCCAACCUGAAGAGUGCAGUGACAGCCUCCUUCCUCAUGCUGCCAGAGAGCUUCACAGAGGAGGACCUCUUCCUGCAGAUAGCUGGUCUUUCGUAUGCCGGGGACUUCAGAAUGGUGAUCGGAGAAGAUAAAGCCAAGGUGGCAAAUAUCGUCAAAGACAAUGUUCAGCACUUCCGGAUUCUGUACAGCAACAUCCUACGGGACUGUCCUCAAGUCGUCUACAAGCCUCAUCAAGGGAAACUGGAGGUUGACAAAAGCCCAGAGGGCCAGUUUAUCCAGCUGAUGGCGCUGCCUCGGACCCUCCAGCAACGGAUCACAAAGCUGGUGGAUCCUCCGGGGAAAAACCGAGACGUGGAGGAGAUCCUGCUGCAGGUCGCCCAGGACCCCGACUGUGGAGCGGUUGUGCAACAAGGUAUUUCAUCUAUUGUGAAAUCCUCCAGUAUAACACAGAGUAUCAAAGGCAUUGUUACAGCUGGUUUGUGGAAGUCUGUGUCCUACAGCUCCAAGAAGCUGAUAAAGAUGUGGAAGGGUUGGAGGAGGAAGCCGUCUGUCUCACAGAUGUCCUGAUGCCGUCUAUUGACCAGGAACCUGUCUCUCUCUAUUAACUGUCAGACAGACAAUUGACCCCCUUAAAACUGUGGCUGGAAGACUCACUCGCCUCUCGGUGUAUCGCUGCAUAUCGUCUAUGGACGCUAUCACUGAGCAGGUGUGAGUCUGUUUCAAGAGUGUAGAAGUGUCUGUACAACUGCCCUUUAUCAUGCAAUUCAUAAGAGCUGAAGUAAAAACAGUGACAUUUCACAAGCCUGACCAAAUCAUGGCUGACAUUUAGUGCAAGGCUACUACAGACCGGACCUUUCUGCAUAAUGACUACAGUGGGUAGUAUCUCUAGAGCCACAGCACUAAAUCAGUGUGAGCACGGCAUGCAUCAAGUACCACAAGUAUAGUGAGGGAGAGACUUUGGUGUCUUCUGUCAUCUGUUGAAUUAUGGGAGGGUUGGGUCAGUGCAUUUUCUGUGUGAACAGUUAGUUGACGGGCAGCUAGGAGAUCCAGAAUGAUAUUUCCUGUGGGUUAUUUUCAUCUCAGUGAUGAGAGAGGGCUUUAUUGAACUCUCUCCACAUAUGG